AUGAAGCGACGGGUCGACGAACACCCGCUUAAUGCUUUCGUGUUCAACUGCAAACGGCAACGCACCCGUGAUGAUCAAGUUCCUUUGGCAGCCACGAACGACGCCCAGGCUGCAGCGGGCUCGGACACGGAAAACGAGGAAACCUCGACGGUGCUCAACUUUUACGGAACUUUUGAGAAGGCCGAUAACAUCUCAGCGCACCUGCUGCAGCGGCUAACGAAGGAGAAAGCCAGGAAUGUCAUAGCCCGGGUACAUCCACGUCUGGUAUCGAUCGCUUCCCGAAACCGUGCGGCAAACCGGUUGGCGUCCCAGAAAUGUCGCUUCCGGAUUGUGAACUACGUUCGGUCGCUCAGCCAGACCGAUGACGGAUUCGAGGGAGAAACGGUCACCACUGUGAUGGAUGAUCCACUAUACUCGAGCUACCGAGAAUUGUGUGAUCGUUCCGAUGAUUCCGGUGCCGAAAAAUCCGAAGACUCGAACUCGGAAAGUAACUGGCGCAACGACUACCCGGACGAGGAUAGGGAUGUAUUCAGUGGAGACAACAGCGUCGUUCCGUCGGACGGCUUCAAUGAGGUUGACGAAGAGAAUGAUGACUAUUUAUAUCUGUACGACUGA